AUGAUUUCCUUAUCGCUAUCUCCUUCUAUAGCAUCUCUCCCUUUUCUUCUGAUGUCUUCUUCACUCUCUCUUCUUCCUUUUAUCAUUUUCCUUUAUUUUCCCUUCAUUCUUCUGGUAUUUUCUUUCAUUCUUCUUCAGUCUUUUUAUUCUUUUACUUUUUCAGUUUUUGGUAUAUUUUUCCCCGCUUCUUUUCGUAUUUCCUCUGUCUCUUCGUAUACUUUUUCUUUCAUAUUCGUCUUUCUCCGCUUCCUUCUUUUUCUUAUCCUUCUUUUCCUUCUUUUUUCUUCCUUCAUCUCUAUCGAUUUCCUUCUUCAUCUUUGUUUCUCUUGUCUUCCUCUUCUAAUUGUUCUUUUGAUCCUCCCUCCAUUUCUUUCGCCUUUUCUUUCCUUGUACUUAUUUCUCUUCUUUUUCCUUAUAAUUAUCUUCUUCUUCUUUUUCUUCCUUUUCUUUUUCCUCAUUUCUCUUUCCUUCCAUCUUACCCCCUCUCCUUCAUCUCGAACAAUCCAUUUAAACUCUCUCUCCUUUCUCUUCUUUCACCCUCAGCCAACAACUUAUUUUCCCAGAAGAACGCCUUCCAGUACCCGACCCGACCUACCCGACUCGGUGCUUUGCCACCUGAGACGAUUUGGGACCACGUCCCGACAUUGUGGGCGGAUGAAGACAAAAAUAACAGCCUCACUUUCCUGUAUUCUCUCUCUCUCUCUCUCACCCUUUAAUCUUUCUCUCCCUCACUUUUCAAUCUAUCUCUCUUACCUUUCAAUCUUUCCCCCUCUCGUACCUUUCAAUCUUUCUUCUCUUACCUUUCAACCCCUCUCUCUCUCUUUCCUUUACCUUUCAAUCUCUCCCUCCCCCGAUUUUACCUUUCAAUCUCUCUCUCUCUUUCCUUUACCUUUCAAUCUCUCUCUCCCUUGA